AUGACUAAUACAAUAAAACCAUCUCUUGACACAUUACCGAUAGAAAUUAUCUAUCGAAUUUUUAAUAAUCUUGAUGAUUUCUCUAUGUUUUGUACAAUGCAAAAUGUCUGUCAACGUAUCAAUACAAUCAUGAAUAAAUACUAUCGAUAUAGGACACUUACUACACUUCAAUUGUGUAACAAGAAAUUAAGUUCACAAGAAAUAGAACGUCUUGCUAAUGCUCUCAAACAAAAUAAAAAAUUAAAAACACUUGAUAUUGGACUGAACAACAUCGAUGAUCAAGGAUUAGAUUACCUUGCUAAUGCUUUACAACAAAAUCACACACUCGUAAAUCUAAGUGUUCAUCUUAAUAAAUUUAGUUCACAAGGAAUAGCUUCUCUUGCUAAAAGUUUACAACAUAAUCAAACAUUAACUAGACUUAAUCUUCAUUAUAAUGACAUUGGUGAUGAAGGAGCAAAAUAUCUUGCUAAUGCUCUACAAUACAACAAAACACUACAAAAAUUAAAUCUUCAACGUGAUCAUAUCAGUGAUCAAGGAGCAUAUCAUCUUGCUAAUGCCCUACAAAAAAAUCAAACAUUGACCACACUUUAUAUCGCAGAAAAUCAGAUUGGUGAUGCAGGAGCUAAAUAUCUUGCUGAUGCUCUACAAAAAAAUCAAACACUAACUACACUUUACAUCGCACAAAAUCAUAUUACUAAUAAAGGAGCUAAAUAUUUUGCUAAUACUCUACAAAAAAAUGCAACCUUAACCACACUUAGUCUUAAACGAAAUCAAAUUGGUGAUGAAGGAGCAUAUGAUCUUGCAAAUGCUCUUAACCAAAACAAAACACUUACAACAUUAAAUUUGAAAUGGAAUCAAAUUACUGAUCAAGGAGCUAUCUAUCUUGCUGAAGCACUUUGUCAAAACAUAACACUCAUCUUUUUGGAUAUUCGAUUCAAUAAUUUAAGUGAUGAUGGAAAAGAUCAAUUUUUAAAUAUACAAAAUUAUAAUCCAAGAUUAAGAAUACUUUUAUAG